AUGGCACGGCAAUCAUCUUCGUCCGAUGUGCUCCUCUAUCUGCUGGCAGUCUUCGUCCCGCCAGUCCCCGUGGCAUUGAAGGCGGGCUGUGGCGCCGAUCUGAUCAUCAACAUCGUCUUCACGCUUUUCGCGUGGAUCCCGGGUGUCGUUCAUGCCUGGUGGGUCAUUAGCAAGUACGAUCCGGCCAAGCAUGCUCCCAGGUACUAG